AUGGCUCGAUUUCUUCUCUUCUUCCUUCUCGUUCUACUCCCUUACUUGUCUUGCUGCAGCAGAGACGAGCAAGCAAAGGACAGGAUCUCUCACCUUCCCGGCGAACCAAACGAUGUCGCAUUCUCCCACUUCUCCGGUUACAUCACGGUCAACGAGUCAGCAGGAAGAGCGCUCUUCUACUGGCUCACCGAGUCUCCUCCGAGUCAACACCCCGAGUCGAAACCGCUCGUCCUCUGGCUCAACGGCGGACCUGGCUGCUCCUCCCUCGGUUAUGGCGCCGCUGAGGAAAUCGGACCUUUUAGAAUCAAUCCUGACGGCAAAACUCUUUACCACAAUCCCUACGCUUGGAACAAAUUGGCGAAUUUGCUGUUCCUUGAAUCUCCAGCUGGUGUUGGUUUCUCGUAUUCGAAUACUAGCUCCGAUUUGUCCACUGUCGGAGAUCAGAGAACCGCUGAAGAUGCGUAUGUGUUUCUGGAGAAAUGGUUUGAGAGGUUUCCGCAGUACAAGCACAGAGAAUUCUACAUUGCUGGAGAAAGCUACGCAGGUCAUUACGUUCCUCAGUUGUCACAAAUUGUUUAUCAGAAACAGAAUCCGGAUAUCAACUUCAAAGGCUUCAUUGUGGGGAAUGCUGUGACUGAUGACUACCAUGAUUUCGUGGGGUUGUUUGAAUACUGGUGGACUCAUGGAUUGAUAUCUGAUCUCUCUUACCACAACUUACGGAUCAAAUGUGUAUUUGUAUCGUCCGAGCACCCGUCCCCUGAAUGCAGAAAGGCCAUGAAAGCUGCAGACGAGGAGCAAGGGAAGAUUGAUCCUUAUAGCAUUUACACUGUCACUUGUAAGCCGGAGGCUGAAGCUCUUAGGUCCCGCUUCUCGAGGGUUCGUCAUCCAUGGAUGUGGAGAGCAUAUGACCCUUGCACAGAGAGAUACUCCGGUAUGUACUUCAAUUCUCCGGAGGUUCAAAAGGCUAUGCAUGCUAAUACAACAGGACUUGCUUAUCGAUGGAAAACUUGCAGUGACGUAGUAGGAGAGAAAUGGGCAGACUCUCCUCUAUCUAUGCUUCCAAUCUACAAAGAACUCAUCGCCGCAGGCCUCAGAAUUUGGGUUUUCAGCGGAGACACUGAUUCAGUGGUUCCCAUAACUGGAACACGAUACUCCAUCAGAGCCCUCAAGUUACAACCAGUCUCCAAAUGGUACCCUUGGUACGACGAGGGACAGGUGGGUGGGUGGUGCCAAGUUUACAAAGGACUGACUCUGGUGACAAUCCAUGGAGCAGGACACGAGGUUCCUCUUUUCCGUCCUCGUCGAGCUUUCCGUCUGUUUCAGUCGUUUCUCGACAACAAGCCUAUGUAA